GCUUAGUACAUGAAAAUUAAGUAGUGUGACGAGGAUUCGGCCGUGGCCGGUCCAAGAAUUUUAAUACAUUUUGUUUGUGUUGCAAUAGUUACACCCCAAACAAGAUGGCCCAGGAAAACAGCAACUCCACUUUGGAGAUGGGAACCAGUGACCAGGUCCUGGUGGCAACAAAACGCAAAAAGACUAUAGGAUACAUAGUGGGAACUAUCGCCAUGUUGGCCGUAGCAGGAGUGGUGAUAGCUCUGAUCAUCGUGCUAUCUCCUGAUAGUACCAGUGCAACCCCAACACCGGCACCGAUUGUCUCCACAACAGAUUCAGGCGCCACGGGCACAACUGAAGGCCCGACUUCACCUUUAACCCCAUCCACUACACCUUCUACAACUACAUCAACUACAACAACUAGUUCAACAACGACAACCACGACUACGACUACAGAAGCUCCUGAUGGUCCCCCUGGGCCACUAGACUUGGAAGAAAUCAUUGAUGGAGCAUUCUCGCCACCGUCGUUCAACGCCACUUGGACAUCAGGUAGCGACCUGAUUCUCCGAAACGAGAAUGGUGAUUUGGUGCUAUAUGACGUGGAUAGUGACUCAAAUACGAUUUUAGUUCACAACACAUCAAAGAUUCUACAGGAGUCAAGCAGGGUGAUGCAACUAUCUCCUGACGGCAAAGAAGUUAUUUUGGCACACAAUGUAGGACCGAUAUACAGAUACAGUUUCUUGGCUCGCUACACUGCAGUGAACUUAUUGAACGGGGACGAAGUACCCAUUGCUCCUCCAGGCAUUGCCACAGAUGACGCGUUCCUGCAAAACUUCGUGUGGGGUCCCUCAGGAACAUCUUUGGCCUUCGUCUACCGAAACAACAUCUACUACCAGGCUUCUUUGAAAGACGCCCCUCGUCAAAUCACGACAACAGGCGAAUUGUAUGUCUUGUACCACGGUAUCCCCGACUGGGUUUACGAAGAGGAAGUCUUCGGUUCGAGCAACGCUAUCUGGUUCUCCGACGAUGGCGUCAAAAUGGCAUAUGUUACCUUCGACGAUAGUGAUGUGGAUGUGAUGAGAGUUCCUCAUUACGGUAUCCCUGGAGAUGUGAGAUUCCAGUACACUCGUCAUCAUGAUAUCCGGUACCCCAAGGCUGGCACAAAUAAUCCAACUGUUAGGGUGACAUUGAUGGAUUUGAACACAAAUAAUGUCAACACUUACGAUGCACCUGCUACUGAUAUGGACCAGCCUAUUUUGAAGACGGUAAAGUUCAUAAGUAACACGGCCAUUGCCUUAGUAUGGACGAACAGGGUGCAAACUGCUCUGAGAGUGCAACGCUGCACGGCUGGUGUAACUGCUUGCACAACGUUGUUCAACUAUGCUGAGACCAACGGUUGGAUUGACAACAUUCCGUUCUUCUUCAACGAUGCUGGAAAUGCUUUCAUCACUAUUCUGCCCCACGAUGUCAACGGUGUUCUAUUUAAGCAAAUCGUUCAAGUUACUGAAGGUGCUGCCACAACCAGGAAUAGGGUCAACAAUCCUCAUACUGUCCUUGAGAUCCUCGCUUGGGGUUCUGAUGAUGUUAUUUGGUACAAAGCAACAAGCGUCAGUGAUUCCCGAGAACAGCACAUAUACUCAGUCAAUUCUCAGGAUGAAAUCUCCUGUUUCACUUGCAACAUCCGUCGUACGGACGGAGGUGAGUGCCUCUACAAUGAGGCCACAAUGAGUGCCUCCGGAGACAAAAUCACCAUCAACUGCGCCGGACCUGAUGUACCACAAAUCUUUAUUUACAAAACCAACGGCGAACUGAUUCGUGUCUGGGACUCAGGUGUGGAUCUGUCAGCUAUCACGAAUAACCGCGUCCUGCCCGUCACUAUCCGAGCACAAAUUCCUACGUCACUUGGUCAAACAACCUCUGACAUCCACAUCCAGGCACCUGCAGACUACGCUCAAAGAACUAACGUACCAUUGCUCGUCUACGUGUACGGUGGUCCCGAUACCGCUCUAGUGACGAGGCAAUGGAGCCUUGACUGGGGCAGUUCUCUUGUCAGUCGCUGGGGCAUUGCCGUUGCUCAUAUUGAUGGCAGAGGAUCUGGUCUAAGAGGAGUCGCUAACAUGUUCGCUUUGAACAGAAAGCUCGGAACUGUUGAGGUUGAGGACCAGAUUGCUGGUGCUAAAUUUAUCCAAGACAACUUCCCUUGGAUCGACGCCAACCGUACAUGCAUCUGGGGUUGGUCUUAUGGAGGGUACGCGGCCAGUAAGGCGUUGGCUGAAGGCGGAGACGUCUUCAGAUGUGCAGCUGCCGUCGCUCCUGUCGUUGACUGGAGAUUCUAUGACACUAUCUACACGGAACGGUACAUGGGUCUGCCAAGGGCGGAGGACAACGCUGAGGGCUAUGCAGUUUCCUCCCUUCUCACCGACCAAGUGGCGGAGUCUCUCCGUGACAAGAGCUAUUUCUUGAUCCACGGCACAGCUGACGACAACGUGCACUACCAACACGCCAUGUUGCUAUCCAGGCUGUUGCAGAGGCGAGAUGUUUACUUCACGCAAAUGAGCUACACUGAUGAAGACCACGGCCUCGUUGGUGUAAGGCCACACCUCUACCACGCACUAGAGAAGUUCCUACAAGAAUACAUGUUGUAAUCACUUAAGACAUUCCAAAAUUGUUAGUUCGAUAUUUGCUCAGUGGUACCUCUAUUAAAUUAAAAAAAAAAGAAAGAAUGUUUUCUUUCGUAAAAAGUUCUUAAUAUUUUUAACGGAUGGUAGGUACUUAGUCAAAACAAAAGCAGCAAGUAUUAUUGAUAG